AUGUCAGUUAACAGCUUGAUAGAUCUGGAUAUGAGCAUGCCGGAGCCGACGAUGCCUGGGCUACUCACACGACCCUUGACCUCGCAUCCUGACGUUGGAUCUAUCAGCGGGCUCCGAAAUGGGAGGUGCUGGGCCGUUCGAUCUGGAAUGCCAUACCUCUGUCUUACGCUGCACUACCCGGGUCCGGUAGGCAGGAAGAACUUGCGCCAUUGCCGACGGAGCGCCGCCCCUGGUUUUCAAGUCAGCAUAGACAAGUUGCUUGGUUGUCGUUGGGACGAUGCUACGGCAGAUGCUGGACAAUCGCUUAACGAGGACGUCGAGCCCGAGGCAGCCUUGUCCCAGUCACUCGGAGACGCCAGCGAACCUGCCGAGUCUGACGACGACGACGAGGGCUGGUUGAUGACGGACGAGGACGAGUUCUAG